AUGAUGCAAGCUUGGGGCACAAUUCAGGUUCCACCCUUUUCGACCACAAAAUUGAAUAGCUUAUGGAUAUAUCAAUCAGAUUCGAUGCUGAAAAACAGCAGUAGGGUUUGUACUGAUGUUGAUGCUGGAGAGGGAUGUUCAAGGUUGGCAGAUGUGAAUCUGGAGUUGGGGCCUGCUGAUAAGAAUGCAAAGAAAUGUAGUGAGGGAGGGAGUGGUGAAAGCGGGGCCAUGGAAGUCAAUGUGGGCGGCGGUAGGGUUUGUGUUGAUGUCGAAGCUGGAGAGGCAUGUUUGAGGUUGGAUGACAGGAGUUUGGAGUUGGGGCCUGCUGAUACGCCUGCAAAGAAAAGUGGAGAAAUUCAGAAGAACAAUAUGGUUCGUAAACACAAGCAUGUUGUUCCUAUCAAACGAUCAAAAGGUCCCGUCAAGAUCACAGAUACAGAAAUUGCAGUAGGAGACAUAUCAUGUUGUUUGUAUGACACUAUAACUACAGACGAAGUGAAUAGAGUGCGUGGAGCACUCAGAGCUAGUUCUGAGGAGCUGCAAGCAAGGGUUAAGGAUCCUCUUCCUGAUGCCUUACAGCUGGCUGGAAAUUUAAUUGCUGAAAUGGCAAGAAAAUUAUCUAAUCAGGGUACUUUAGCCAAAACACAAUGUGGAGAAGGUGUAGAUACUGUUAUUUCUGAACUGGCUAGAAAAAUAAUGAAUCCUGAUCCUUUGGUAAAAAACCAGAAUGGAAAAGAUGCAGGCUCAUCCCUCCUUUCAGCUAAGCCUUCAGCUGAAAAUCAGUCUGGAAAAGAUACCGAUGCAUGCAAUCCUUCAGCCAAUCACACUGUUGAAGCUUCUGUAGAAAACCUGAAUCAAACGGAAAGGACCAUGACACAGCCUCCUUCACCGAGUAGAAACACAUACCCAAAAGUACUUUUCCCGUCAUCUACUUCUCCCGCAUAA